AUCUAGCUCAAGCUCCCUGAAAAUGAAUGUAACACGAACCAGACCCACAUCUGUAAAACAGAGAUAAUGUAGGUACCAUUGAAAUCUGCAAAGGGGAUUUCUGUUGCUAUUCACAGAAUGUUGCAAUGUGUCAAUAUGAGAGGGGCGUUAUUAUCAGCCGAGAAACUCCAGGAAAUAAGCCAAGGUUAAGCGAGUGAAAUGGAAAACAAAAAGAAAAGCAGAGGACACACAUUUAAAACCUAUUACUGAGGUGUACAUUCUUAUGCUUAUGGGAGGUUGGGAAUAUAUCAGAGCUGAUGACUGCUGAGCAAUGAAUUCAAGGGCCAGUCUAUUGGGAGUAUUUUUUUUUCUCAGUGACUUAAACUUCUGUCUGAGCUCUCAGAGUUUUUAGUCAGCUGGCAUGUAGCAGAGCUGUGACUUCCCCAAGGAAACCCUUCCUCAACUUUCACUGGAGGGCUGUCGGGACAGCCUGGGAGACGAAGGCUGCUUGCAGAAGUGAAGCUUCCUCAUUCAUCCAAACAGCAGAGCCAUGAAACUGUAUCUGUUACUCUUCCUGGCAGCAAAUGGAGGGAUCUCUAGCCAUCGGCCCUUGGAGGAGUCACCCUGCAAAAUGGUAAAGAGGAAGGCCUUUUGUGAUGGCAAAGAGCUUCAUCAAAUCCCCCCAGAGCUCCAUCCAGACGUAAAUACAAUAGAUUUGUCUGGAAAUCAGAUAAAAAAUAUCUCUGAGAAGCCACUGACCUUUUACACCUUGCUCCAGCACUUGGAUUUACGAUUCAACCAAAUAAGUUUCAUUGAGCCUGGAGUUUUCACCCACAUGACAAGCCUGGUGGAGAUAAAUUUAUCCAGUAAUCAGCUAGAUGAGUUUGCUCAGCACAGGAGACCAGGGAUUGGACUUUUACCAGCGGUCAGAAAAUUGGACUUGUCCCGCAACAGUCUGUACACUAGAAUGGCUGAAUAUUUUAUACACGAUGUGCCCUCACUUCAGUAUCUUUCCUUGGCAGAAAACAGCAUAACGGCGAUAUUGCAAAGGAUGUUCCAAGGGUCUCCGGCUCUUGUUGAGAUUGACCUCCACAGUAACAUCAUCAUGGAUAUAGAAGAAGGUGCCUUUGAAAUGCUGAUGAACCUCACCAAGCUCAAUCUCUCCAUGAACUCCAUCACUUGCAUCUCAGAUUUCAGCCUCAGGCAACUGCAGAUACUCGACCUCAGCAGGCACAGCAUUGAGACUUUCCAUAGCACAGCGUCAAAGGAGGAAUAUAACCUGGUAUGGCUGGAUCUUAGUGAGAACAAGCUACUGCGCUUCCCAGUUUUCCCCCAAGUGAACAAGCUGGCCUAUCUGAAUUUAUCUAAGAAUUUAUUACAGCUUAGUUCAGACUCGUCUCAUGAGAAGAUGAACUACAAGGAAAGGGACUGGCUAGAAGCUCCUUUUCAUCUUUUGGAUCAGAAGCAAAAUUCAAACACAAGUUCUCUGUAUCUAUCACAGCUUUUAUAUUUAGACUUAAGUUAUAAUGCAAUCAAUUCCAUCUCAAAUGAGUUCUUUGAGUCAAUGUCCUCCCUUCAAUUCCUUAAUCUCAGUAAAAAUUGCCUCCAGACUUUCAUAGUGAAUUAUGACAGUGCAUUGACCUCACUAGCCAUCCUUGAUUUAAGCUUCAAUGCUUUGCAGAAUCUCGUACUUGAUGCCAGCACAUUGACUAAUUUACAGGAGCUCUACAUUCAAAACAAUCAUCUCCAGGCCCUGCAAUUUGAUAUCUUUGUGAGCCUUCCCAGCAUCAAAUUGCUUAACCUCCAAAGUAAUAAUAUUAGCUUUUGCAGCAUGUACUCAGGAUUAGCUAAACAAAGGCUUAUUGGUGAGGUGAAUGGCUGUGUAUCAUUUGUUGACUUCCCGGCUCUUCAGUACUUAUAUCUAGCUGACAACAUGUUGAAGAACUUACCAAUAUAUGCUUUUUACAAGACUUCACUAAUUCUCCUGGAUCUCUCCAUGAACCAGGGACUGAAAAUAGAGGCUACAGCAUUAUCAGGACUGGAGACAUCUCUUAAAUAUUUGAAUUUACAUGGCAACAGUAUGACAGUUUUAAAUAUCGACCUGCCUCGUUUUCAACUUCUUAAACAUUUAAACCUGUCUGAAAAUCAGCUGAGCGCAUUACCCAAGUGGAAUAGUGAUGCUUCACUGGAAGUUCUGGAUCUACGGAAAAACCGUUUUAGUAGUCUACAGAGCAGUAACAUUUUAGCACUAGAGAACUCUCUUAAAAACUUAUAUCUUGCUGGGAACCCACUUAGCUGCUGUGGAAAUGCCUGGCUCUCCUCUCUAAUCCAGAAUAAAAAUGUGGAGAUCCCCGGGGUAGAGCAGAUAACAUGUCAGUACUCCAGGAGCUUUGGGUAUCAAGAAGAAAUGUAUAUUAGCAACAUAAGAUCAGAAGUCUGUGAAAAAGAGGAUCUAAAGAAAAUUAACUUGCUUAUUAUACUAACGGUUGCAUUAGUUUUAUCCGUGAUAAUCAUUGGACUGGGUUCAUUUUGUUGCUUCCGCAGACAAAAGUUUGGCCAGCAGUUUAAAGCAUAGAACACACACUAACUUGAUGCAAAAUAAAAUCGGGUGCAACACUGAAAAUGUGUAGAAAUGAAGGGUAAAAUUCUUGCCUUUGAUUUAAUUGUGGAUUUUCAAGCCAGCUUCUGCUCUCAGUUGCACCAGCAUCUUUGCUUGAGGUUGCAGCAACAAAGUAACUGAGAAGAGAAUUUGUCAUAUUUUGCACUUGUUCUAUGCUCGUGCAGAACUGUGAAACCUUGUUCAUCAGAAGCUGAGAAUCACAGAAAACCAUGGUAAUUUAAGGUUCAUGGAACUCAAACCAGCCAACACUCUUGUGAGCAGUACCAGCCUUUCGCUGAAAUGCUAAGACAGCUUUCUGAUGCCUCUGGGGAGGGAGAAUCUUCCUCCCACCCCCAUCUUCCCCAAAUCUGCAUAUCAUGGUUUAAUGGUUGUUUCUGUAACAACACGUGGGGAUCUCAUCACAGCUGACAGGAGGGAUGACUCCUUACGCUCAUUUGCAAAACUUUGCAAGCCCAUGAGCUUCAGCCAAAUUCAUCACUUUAAUUGUGGGCGUUGCUUUGUCAAAACAGGUUUGAGGCAGCUCUGCUCUUAAAGUUAAAUUUAAGGGAAGUGAACCCACCAGACCCAGGAAAUCAAACUCUGACCCUUCUCCCUUUGAUGCCGAUUGCAAAUCUCCCGGUCCUUCCAGUGUGAACUGAUCUCAAAAACAGUAACUUCACACAGUUCUAUGGAGCUCAUGGCUCCUACUUGAGCAGUAUGGUUGUUUGUGAGGAUCAACCCUUCAGUACCAAAACCACAGGUGUCUAUUACAUGUGUUAAAGGAGAUCUCAGAGAGUAGCAGGCUGUUACAUUCGGUGGGACUAGCUACUACUGGAAGACAUGAUUACGCACACAAAGCUCAAUGUCAUAUGCCUAUAUGCGAUGCAAAUUCCACGUGUGAAACAACCGCACACUAUGUAAUAGACAUUUGCAUUGAGGAUCUCAGUUACACGGUCAGGUCAGAGAGGAGAAACGUCUCCAUAGUGUGCCAUGUAUAUUUAUCUGGUUUUAAUGUGAAGAAAUUCAUUUAUUUGGCAAACAGGUUAUUUGAAAAAUCUUCCUUAGAGAAUGAAUUUGAACCAGUAAAUAUUAGAUUUAGAUGUUUGUUUAGGGACAGCAAUUUAACAUACUCUGCAUGUAGUUAGAUUUCAAGGCAAGAAGUAUACAAUAAAAUAAUUAUCCUCCAGGACUCGUUCUGGAUGGAAUCCAGGGGAAAACCUUCAUAAUCGAGAUGGCAGAAUUUCCUAGGCAUGUCACCAGGUUUAUACUGUGGUUAAGGUCAUUAAUACCUGAUUCACAAGGGUAUUCAUGUGUUUAUGUUUGUGACAGGACAAUAAAUUACAGGGAGGGGGGAUUAGAGAGCAGAAAAGUUUGUCUUAAGCCAUGUCUACACUAUCACUUAUAUCAGCAAAACUUGCCAGAGAACUACUCAUUGUUUUUAAAGUUACAGACUAACACAGCUCCCCCUCCCCUCCCCAGAGACUUUUAAGUCUCUCAGAAGUGUGAAAAAAGCACUACCUGGAGUGACUUAAGUUUCACUGGUGCAAAUGGUAGUGUGCACAGCGCCAUGUCUGUAGAGCUCCUCCUGCCAAAACAGAUGCUGCCACUCGUUGGGGGUGUUUUAAGUAUGUCAACAUGAGUGGCUAUCCAAGAGAUCUUACAGUGGGGCAGCUGUAUCAAUACGUCUAUGCCACUGUAAGCUCUCCAGUGUAGACCUAGCCAAUGCGUAGAAGAAUAUAUGUGGAUCUAGUCUCAGAGCCUUUUUCACAUUAGUAACCCUGUUGACUUCCUAUGACUGUGAAAAAAGAUCUAGCCCCUGAUCUUGCUUUGGGAUGAAUCAGGACAGCUCUUUAUGUUUACAUAUGAAGUAUAUAAAAGUGUCUGACCAACACCUAUUGCAAUCAGUGAGAAUCUUUCAGUUGACGUCUAUAAGUUUUGGAUCUUGCCGCAAGACUCCACGCAUAUGCUAAUGCAAACUGCUGUGCACCAUAGCAUAUAAGAAUCACAUGAUCAAAUAGCAUUAAAGAGCUCACUGACUCCUACUUAUGUAAGGAAAUUCAGAUUAAGGUGCUGCACUGCUCCCAACAUGCCUCAUUUUCCCCAGCUACUGAAUGUCAGAAGUAGCCCACUACAAAUAGCUGUAUAGUUCUGUUUUUAAAAGUAAUUAUGUAAAAAAGUGGCUUGGAUUUGUGUAGGAUUUGCACCACAGACUCAUCUUCCGGCUCUGUAAAAUACUCAGAAAUGUGACUAUAUUAAAGCAACAUUUUGGAAUAUUUCCGAGACAAAA